GGAUAUGUCAUUCAGCCACUGAGGGUAGAGUAAAGAACUACUGCAAACGUGCAGCCGAGUUUAUAUAUAAUUAUAUAUUCCAUUAUAUAUAAUGGCAGAAGGCGAAGAACCUGCACUUUUCACUAAAGUAACGGUUUAUUCUCUACUCGCGUGUGUGGCUCAGUUUGCUGUCGGGUUUGUUUUUGCGCAAAAAUGGGGGAAUAAAUGUUCUGCUGUUGACCGGUGGGUCCUCGUGUGGUUAUUUUACGACGCAAUAGUUCAUUUUACUCUGGAGGGACCUUUCGUCUACAUGUCACUUGUUGGAAAUGUGUCAACCUCUGACGGUCUGUUGGCAGAGCUAUGGAAAGAAUAUGGCAAGGCAGAUGAGCGCUGGUUGUACUCAGACCCGACAAUAGUAUCUCUGGAGCUUCUGACAGUGGUUUUAGAUGGUUCUCUGGCCCUGCUUCUAGUCUACGCCAUCAUCAAAAACAAACAUUACAGGCACUUUGUUCAGAUCACACUAUGUGUGUGUGAGUUAUACGGGGGCUGGAUGACCUUCUGUCCAGAUUGGCUAAUUGGAAGCCCUAACCUGAACACUAGCAACUGGCUGUACCUGUGGGUCUACCUGGUAUUCUUCAAUGGGAUCUGGGUGGUAGUGCCUGGACUCCUCCUGUGGCAGUCAUGGAGUGAUUUAAGAAGCAUGCAUCAGUAUCCAAAGAAGAAGAACAGAUAAAAUCAGAGGAAGUCUGGUUGUUAGUAUUCAGCCAUAUAAUUAUCACCGUUAUAAUUAGCCUUUCAGAGUCAACAGAAUGAGAUGUGGAGAGGAUGUACUGCAGCUGAUGUAUUAUAAACAUUAAUUGCAUACAACGAAUAGUAGAGGAACAGUUGUUAAGGUGUAUCUUUGCAUAAUUGCAGUGGUAAAUAGAUAAAGGAAGCUCACACCAAACCACUGACGCAUAGCAGCAUACUUACUUGUACUUUCUGCAUUCCUGCCAUAUGACACAUAAACACUGAAUUUUUACAUUGAUCUAGGACCAGUUUCCCUUCUAAUCCCUCUUACCAAACUACCUUAUCCAGUAUAAUAGAAAGCAAAAACUGCUUCCAGAUAAUUGUAAUCAGUUACGUCAAUUCGUGUUUCAUCACACACGUCUGCUUCUCCUUAAAAUAAUUAUGAAUCAUGCUUCUUUUUAUAUAGACUGUGCUAUACUUAUGACAAGUUAACAGGUUAGCCUGUUUAAGGUUUUACUCAUCACUGCAAUUUUUAGGAUUAAUUUAUUGCACAAUUCAGGCAUUGUAAUUUCACUAAAGCUUCAUGUGUAGUUAAUACAAAAAGGUAACACGUUAUAAUAAGAUCCCAUUAGUUAAUGCAUUAACAAAUAUUAACUAAUACAUUUGUUGCGGUAUUUAUUCAUCUUUGUUAAUGUUAGUAAAAAUACAACUGUUUAUUCUUAGCUCAAAUCCAUUAAAUAAUAACAGAAAAAAACAUUUUACUUUCAAUUAUGUGUAAAUGUUAAAAUUAACAUUAACUAAGGUUGAUAAAUGUUUAGGUGUAUUUUAUUAAUGACAGUUUAAGGUCGUUAACUAACGUUAGCUAAUGGAACAUGGGAAGUUUUGCCUAUAAAACUAAAACUGAAUUUAAAGUCACCUACUUUCUUAUGAAUUCAACUCAGUGAAGUUUGCAAAUAAACAAUCCAUUUAAGUCUAAAUAUUUAUAAUAGCCUACUUUUCCAUAAUGUUAUCAGUGGCAUUAACAUUAAUUUAGAUUAGUAAAUGUUUUAAAAGUUCACAAACUGAACCUUGUAGUUUUACCUAAGACUACAAUUGCAUUUAAAAACACCAAAUUUCUAUGGAUUUUCCUCAAUAAAGCUUUUAAUAUUAA